AUGACUGCUUCGGCCUCCAGGAACGCAGAUAAACGGCAGACAGCUCACGACAACGAGGGUGCACCCGAAUUGUACCAGCACGUGGCUUCGCAAAUGAAUACUGAGCUACGACCGCGGCUGGAGGUUCGCUUUGAAAAUGUAUCGAUAACGGCGGACAUUAUCGUAAAGGACGAGACGCAACUCCAAACAGAGCUACCCACGCUUGCCAACGUGAUCCUGAAAGGUGCACGGCAACUCGGUGCCAAAAGCCACGUGGUGAAGAAAAAUAUACUUCGCAAUGCCAGUGGGGUGUUUAAGCCGGGUACCAUGACGUUGAUCCUCGGACAACCCGGCUCAGGGAAGUCAUCGCUGAUGAAGUUGCUAAGCGGUAGACUGUCAACGGAUAGGAAUAUCGUGGUGGAAGCUGAUGUGACAUUCAAUGGGGUGGCUCACGACGCAGUGCUCAACGGUUUGCCGCAACUCGUGGCUUACGUGCCCCAGAAUGAUAUUCAUUUACCCACGUUAACAGUCAAGGAGACGCUCGAGUUCGCCCGGGCCUGUUGCGAAGGAACAGUGCCAAUGCUCGAUGAACAACAGCUUUACCACGGCGACCAUGAACUACACACACUAUAUGCUGCUAGCGGCGCUAUUAAGAAUCACUCGGACAUCGUCAUCCGUCAGCUUGGUCUUGAAAAUUGCCAAAAUACCAUGGUAGGUGAUGCUAUGCUACGGGGCGUGUCUGGUGGCGAGCGCAAGCGCGUGACUAGGGGCGAGAUGGCGUUUGGCAACAAGCUCGUGUAUUUUAUGGAUGAGAUUAGCACAGGCUUGGACAGUUCCGCAACUUUUGACAUCAUCUCGGCCCAGCGCAGGUUGGCUAAGGCAUUCGGCAAGACAAUGGUAAUCUCGCUCCUGCAGCCAUCCCCCGAGGUUUUCGAGCUGUUCGACGACGUGAUGUUACUAAACGAGGGCUACGUGAUGUAUUACGGGCCCCGUAUUGAAGUGGGGGAGUACUUUGAAGGCUUGGGGUUAAAGUGUCCUGCAAGUCGCGAUAUGGCCGACUUCAUGCUGGAUCUUGGAACAAACAAACAGCGCCAAUAUGAAAGCGGCCCUGUACCAAGAUUUGCGCAGCAGUUUGCCGAUGCUUUUGAUAAAUCGGAGGUUCGUAUUCGCGUAAUGGAUAAGCUACGCGCUCCAUCGGAAUGCAACAUUGAGCCUAUUGCCUCAAUUGGGCACACACCAGAGUUCAAGCAAGACUUCCUCGCAGGAACUGCAACUGUUCUUUCCCGUGAAUUCAAGAUUCUAGCACAUGACGUGACUGCCGUGAAAACUCGAGUAUUCAUGGCGUUAGUCAUUGGAUUACUGUAUGGCACAGCGUUCUACCAAUUCGAAACAACCAACGCUCAAGUGUUCAUGGGUCUAGUGUAUACAGCAGUGGAUACGCUAUCUGUGGCAAAAAUUGCGCUCAUUCCUUCGAUCCUUGCUACUCGGGAUGUGGUCUACAAACAGCGCGGUGCUAAUUUCUACCGUACGUCGUCUAUUGUGAUUGCGAGCUCCGUUAAGGAGACCCCCCUUGUUGUGAUGGAGAUUUUGCUAUUCGGAACCUUGACAUACUGGAUGUGCGGCUUUGUUUCGAGUGUGGAAAGCUAUCUCAUCUACCUACUCUUGCUGUUCGUCACGAAUAUGGCCUACAUCGCUUUGUUCUUCUUCAUCGCAUUGGCCUGUCCAAAUAUCAACGUCGCCAACCCCAUAUCAAUGCUCGUGCUCCUAUUUCUGGCGACGUUUUCAGGCUUUUUGAUCACCAAGGACUCGACACCCGCGUAUUUGUCUUGGGUCUACUGGAUUAGCCCUCAUGGAUGGGGAAUUCAUGCUGUCGCUGUGAAUCAGUAUCGAGAGGCACGUUUUAACACAUGUGUGUAUGAUGGAGUGGACUAUUGCGUCCGGUAUGGAAUGGAGAUGGGUGAGUACAUGCUUAGUUUGUAUGGUGUGCCGACCGGAAGGUACUGGUUGUGGUACGGCAUCAUCUUCCUUAUCGCGAUAUACUUCUUCUUCAUGGCGCUGUCCUGCCUAGUGCUGGAGUAUUGGCGCUAUGAAACCCCAGAGACUAUUUCUCUCAGCGAUGAGUUGGGCGGUGUGGGUAACAGCAGCAGUCCAAGCAGCGACAACUACUCCCACAUUGCUACGCCGAAAGUUAUCGAAGACCAGUCGAUGAGUAUCCCCAUCACGCAAACGGUGAAAAAUUGUGUUCCAGUAACGCUCGCUUUCAAGGACUUGUGGUAUUCCGUUCCCGACCCUUCUAACUCCAAAGCCAGCAUCGACUUGCUGAAAGGCAUCAGUGGAUACGCGCUUCCAGGCACUAUCAUGGCACUCAUGGGAUCCUCGGGCGCAGGCAAGACCACGCUCAUAGACGUCAUCGCUGGACGUAAGUCCGCCGGCAAGAUCACAGGGUCUAUCCUACUGAAUGGCUACCCAGUCAAUGAAAUUGCUCUCCGUCGGGCCACAGGUUAUUGUGAACAGAUGGAUAUUCACUCAGAAGCGUCUACAUUCCGCGAAGCUUUGACUUUUAGUGCAUUUUUGCGUCAAGAUGCUUCUGUUCCUGACAGUGAAAAAUAUGCCUGCGUGAACGAAUGUCUUGAACUUCUGGACUUGUACCCGAUUGCAGACCGGAUUGUCCGUGGAAGCUCUACGGAGCAGAUGAAGCAACUUACGAUUGGUGUGGAGUUGGCAGCGCAACCGAGUGUGCUGUUUUUGGACGAACCGACUAGCGGACUGGAUGCACGUUCCGCCAAACACAUUAUGGAUGGUGUACGAAAGGUGGCAAAUACGGGUCGUACAAUAGUGUGUACGAUUCAUCAGCCGUCUGCUGCGGUGUUCAGCGUGUUCGAUAGCUUACUGCUUCUAAAACGCGGAGGUGAAAUGGUAUUUUUCGGUGAUUUGGGAGCAAACGCAUCGCUUUUGAUCGAGUACUUCGAAUCCAUCGAUGGUGUGGUGAAGUUGGGGAAGGAUUGUAAUCCAGCAACGUGGAUAUUAGAGGUGAUCGGUGCUGGAGUCGCCCGACCUUCAUCAUCUACUCCUGCCUUGAAGCUCGACAAGAAGCGUGCCGCUAACAAUGUGACCCAGGCAAGAUUCCUUAUCAAGCGCUUCUUCGACAUAUACUGGAGAACGGCUUCGUAUAAUUUGACCCGAUUCCUCAUUUCAAUCAUGCUGGGCUUCGUAUUUGGCAUCGCCUACGUUGGUUCCGAGUACUCAUCGUACCAGGGCAUCAACGCUGGACUGGGCAUGGUAUUCAUGACACAAAAUUACAUGACCUUCAUCGUCUUCAGUAGUGUUGUACCCGUCUCGAUCCAAGAAAGAGCCUCUUUUUACCGCGAGCGUUCAGCACAGAUGUACAAUGUGUUUUGGUACUUCAUUGGCGCCACACUUGUCGAAAUUCCGUACUGCUUUGUGGAGACUUUGUUGUUUGUCGCUAUCUAUUACCCCAUGGUGGGGUUUACUGGUUGGGCUCAGUUCUUCUCAUACUUGGCGAAUCUUUUUGGUCUCGCGAUUUUGCAAGCUUACUUCGGACAGCUUCUAGCAUAUCUGUGUCGCAAAGUGGAAGUCGCUUCCAUUUUGGUUAUCUUGAUCAACUACAUCUGGAUCACGUUUACAGGGUUCAAUCCACCAACUGCUUCUAUUCCCCAAGGCUACCGAUGGCUGUACCAUAUAACGCCGCACAAGUACACGUAUGCUAGCCUGGUCGACAUCGUGUUCGGGGACUGUCCAAGUGGUAGCAAUGGCAGGGAGCUGGGCUGCCAACACAUGACAGAUGCACCGCCAAAUCUCGGAAGCGACAUCACGGUAGUAAAGUAUUUGGAUCUCAUUUUUUCGGCAAGACACAGUGAGAUCUGGGGGAACUUCGGCGUCAUUUUCCUCUGGAUCGCUUGCAUUCGUGUCGUUUCGCUUCUAGCGCUUCGAUUCGUUAAUCACCAGAAGAAAUGAUGGACCAUGUGGUUGUCAUUGCUACAAGCUUAUUUUCCUAAAGCAACAAUAAUGAAGCUGCUUCGUUGGACAUGUGAAUGAAACUUCAUGGCGAUACAGUAGAAUAUGUAUAGCAGUACUUCACGACAAAGCGCUUGUAGACUGGUGCAGUAUAUGCUACUACUAGUUUUCAAUUUAAAACGUUGGCUGUC